UGCACUGUGUGGCCCGAGGCCGAUCGGAUGGCGCAUGCGCGACUGUGAGAUCGCUGACGCAGGGAGUACGUCAGCUGUUUUGUUAGGCUCUCGCGGUGGAACGUGCGUGUGCGUCCGUUCGUUGGUUCGUUCGUCCGUUCGUCCGUUCGUCGUCGUCGUCGUCGUCGUCGGGAAUGGUGUUGCAUUGUUGACUGGUGGGGCAUUCGUCUUUCGCGCAACUUUCAUCAUCGCACCGUUACGGACGCGGUCCUUUGUUCGUCGUAGACACGCGCGCGUGCAAGCAACCGAGGCCGCGCGCGUUCCUGGGCGGUUCUGCGUGCGGAAGAAUCGCAGACGCGUGAACGUGUGCGUGGAGCCCGUCCUCACCCUCGCCGUCUUGUUGCUCCGUAGGAAAGGUAGCCCGUCUGCGCGCCGACCGAUCUCUCACGGGGACGCCAGCACCGCCAGUUCCGUUCGGUCUGUUCGCGAGACUACUUGACGGAACGGAAUCGGGACGUUCUGGCCCGCUCGGAGGGGUAGACGCGCCGCGAUAUUCCGAGAGGCGCAGCGGUGAAACAUGGCACAGCCGACGAGCAGCGCGCUACGGGCGCUCGCCCUCGAGUACAAGAGCCUCCAGGAGGAACCCGUCGAGGGCUUUCGCGUCAAGCUGGUUAACGAGGACAACAUGUUCGAGUGGGAAGUCGCGAUCUUCGGCCCGCCCGACACGCUCUACCAAGGCGGAUAUUUCAAGGCACACAUGAAGUUCCCGCCGGAUUAUCCGUACAGUCCACCGAGCAUCCGUUUCAUGACAAAAGUUUGGCACCCGAAUGUAUAUGAGAACGGUGAUCUGUGCAUAUCAAUCUUGCAUCCACCCGUAGACGAUCCACAGAGUGGCGAGUUACCCUGCGAGAGGUGGAAUCCUACGCAAAAUGUCAGAACUAUUUUGCUAUCGGUGAUCUCGUUGCUGAACGAACCCAACACAUACAGCCCUGCCAACGUUGACGCAUCUGUGAUGUACAGACGUUGGCGUGACUCCAAAGGGAGAGACAAAGAAUAUGAAAAUAUCAUAAGGAAACAAGCCCAGGCUGCCAAAAUGGAAGCGGAAAAGGAAGGUAUCGUGGUACCCGUGACCCUCGAAGAUUACUGCAUAAAGACUCGAGCGAGGCCGGCCGAACAACAGCUAGACAUGACCGACUUCUAUGACGAUGAGUACGAGCUAGACGAUGAUGAAGACGAGCAGCUGAGCGCAACCGACUACGAGGAUGGCGAUGAUAGCGGCAAUGGAGAAUCGUGAUCCAUUUCUUAAAAGAUAAACAUGCAACAAAGACCCGAACCGCUAACUAUUAUAUAUCAGUUCUGUAUAGAUUAAUAAAUUAACGAGCUUCUAAACCGGAUGAGAUCUCUCUUUAUCUCGAUUGAGUUUUUUUCUUUGGACGCGCCAACAAAAUUCGUGUUAGCUUUUAUCUGUCGGGGAAGCUGAAAAUGUGGAAAGUAGAAUUUCUCUCAAGCCAUCAUUGAUUGUCGCAUGCUUGUUUUGAAUCAAUUUCGGCUGAGCGGGAAUCGAUCGAAAAAUCCGUCGAGUAUGUUGAUAUUUGAAGAGCGCUACGUAUACCAUUGCACGAAUUCUUACAAAUUCCGUGUUUACAAGCUCUUUAACUUAAGCAAUAUGCUACGGUAUGGAUAUAAGUAAUUUGAUAGGAGCACUGUGCUUGUUGUGUUGUGGCUGGCACUUGGAUUUCUCAAAUACUAUCGGACCAGUUGAUUUACCUUGUAGUCGAUUAAUGUUCGAUAAAAAUGAACAUGUGUAAAGCACACAAGAAUGUGGCGACUUUACAUUGAGCAUCUAGUUUUAUGCCAUGUUCAGAGUUGCAAAUGGGUACGUCAAUUGAUCCUAAGCGUAAUAUCGAUACUAAAAUUUGCAUUAAAUAACAGAAAUUUGCGUUUGUUUUGCAUAAUCGUUUGUGUUGUAACAUCACCGUCGAUGGGAAAAGUAAGCUGCCGAAGAGAAGACCCGUUGGACCUUCUUAAUAAUGAAUUUCGCAUUAAACAGUAUAAGAUCCACACUAUUGAUGUCAUUAAUUAUAAUUAUUUGUAUACGUAUGUAGAAAUGCAUAUAUUAUGCAUAUAGCUCAAUAUGUGAUUGUACUGAUAUUUUUGCCGUAUUACUAUUUUACCGAAUCGUAAAGCAAAGCUAAUGGUAAUAAUCAUGAUUAUUUUUCGCAAACUUCAAAUUCAAACGAGAAAUUAUAACGUUUCCAAAUGGUUUCUGUUGCAAAUCUCCCAAGUUUGUUAAAAACAUUACGGUUAGUAACGAUACACGGUGAGAAGAAUAACUUGUGAAACGAUACGUGCAUAAUGUUACAAAGUUUGUAACUUUAGCUCUUACUUGCAACUCUUUUUCGAAAGAGUUGUAUCGUUGUGUUAAAUGUUAUCUCUCACGAAGCUAAAGCGAAGUUUUCCAAUUUGGAUUGGUUAGAUUUUAACCGUUUUACUUAAAUAAAAGGUAUAUUGGACAUACAGCUAACCAACUCUGUGGUAGUAUCUGUGCCCGUAUGACUGAAAUUGUAAAUAGUACGUGAAAAAUUCGAUUUCGAUGACACGAGGUACGCGAGUGGUGUGUAUUCUGUUUUACUUAUUUCUUCUUUGUUAGCUGUUUCAUUAUUGAAAGACCAAGACGAGGUGUUGACAGCGUUCAAACGAUAAAAUAUAAAUGCAAGAGGACAUUUAAAUUCCAAUAGCAUCUAAACGUAUACUCUCUGCGCUUGUAGUACUGUAGCUAAAGUGAAUAUUCGCUAGUUCCUUCGACAUAUUGUAAAACCUAUUCUCUCUCAUUUCAUGUUUUUCUUAGCUAUUUAAUAAUAGGAAACGUGCAAAGCACGAGGUAAUGUUGAUCAUUUGUAUAUUGGAUAUAAUUCUUUCCUUUUUUUUGUACAUACAUAAACGAUUUCUUCGUAACAGUUAUUAAUAAAAUUAGAAUAAUACUAUCACAUAUGUUUUGUCGAUAAUUUAGUGAAUAUAGGUAAUGUGUCAGGUAAUAUUAAUCAUUUACUAUUAAUUAUGACCUUUUUCACAUGAUGAUAGGCUAAUGCGAGGAAAUAUAUGUAAAUACAUUUUAUUAUGGC